UCAUUAUUUAAAUUUAUUUCAACACCAUUAUGGGAAAUAUCUGAGCAUGCAAUAGCUCUCAAGAUAACUUUACUGAGUCCUUGAAGACUCAAAAAACUUAUCUCCAGGCGCCUUCAAGCGUUAUGGACAAGAGCUAUGAUCUCCAAGUUGACUUGUCCAAGGAUCUCAGAACCCUCACGACUGAAGACUCUAUUUGUGAAGAAGAUGCUGAUUUGGAUGAGACUGGGCUUGACUUGUUAGACCUUCAUCAUGACCAGACUGAGGCUAGUCCAAGAGGAAACAAUUCCAAGACUUUUCUGAUGAACAGUUCAUGAGGCAGCCCUGGGAGGUUCUAUGAUCACUCAAUCGACCAAAAUUGUAAACUGACAACUUUGAAGGCGAGAAAGAACUUCUAUGUUGCACUUCUUAAUAUUGACAAUCCUUGCUUGUCAAGAAAUAAGCUUGUGCUGAAGUGUAAGGAGCUCCAAGAGAGGAAUGCCCUCGAAAGAAGCCUUAAGAAAAACAAGACUCCCUUUGUCAAUAGAAAGCAAGGUAUCUGGAAAAUCAAAGAGAGGGUGUUGCUUUAGCCAUUCUUGGAAAAGUACCACCCUAAGACCUUAUAUAAUUAC